ACAGGCAGUUAGUGAGGCACCUGGGAGUUGUAAGGCGGGGUCCUCUUGCUGGUUGCUGCCCAUUCCAAGAUGGCAACGAGCAGUAGCAACAGCGCGGCGGGGGCUAAACCCAACAAUACCGGGGCCAAACAGGCUGGUCCCGCCGCGGAGCAGGUGGUGGCCGGGUUUCAGAGGAUGCGGCAAGAACAGCGCAGCCUGGCUUCUAAAGCAGCUGAGCUGGAGAUGGAAAUCAACGAGCACAGCUUGGUGAUAGAGACGCUGAGGGACGUGGACCCCUCGCGGAAGUGUUUCCGGAUGGUCGGGGGGGUUUUAGUUGAACGGACGGUGAAGGAGGUGCUUCCAGCGCUGGAGAGCAACAAAGAGCAGAUUUCCAGGAUCGUGGAGACGAUAAGUACUCAGAUGCAGACUAAAGGAAGAGAGCUCAACGAAUACCGAGAACGCUACAACAUCCGAUUGGUCGGGGAAGAGGAGGGGGCGGGGAAAGCAGCCUCAGGCAAUCAGGACUCUGAGGGAGGCGGGGCCAAGGGUGGGGCCGGAGUUCUCGUCUCCUAGGGUUUCCUAGGAGACCAGAUAGGAGGAGGGGCUAAUGGAAUACAGUCUUAAUGCCACAGAAAGAAGGAUGGAAAAGAGUUUUGAGACAUCAGUACUGUAUCUGUGGGGUGGGGCGGGGGGUUCUCUCUUUUUGAUGUUGUCACUGAAUAAAAAAUAAUAAAUUAAA